AUGAGUAAUAAGACAUUUGUAUUCGAUGGAGAUAAAAAAGAAAGCAAAACAAUAUUGGGACUCUUGGAAUACUUCGGGAUUAACCGAUCCAUCGAUGUCAAGUUAAAUUAUUUCAACGACAUUGACACCAUUUCUCAAUGUGUUAUUGAUGAAUACAAACUUGAUGUUAAACUAAAUGAUCUAAGGCUCAAUGCAUCUCUUAUGUCCGGCUCUCACAAUUCCUCUGGCAUUCAAGCUUACUAUUAUUUCGCUUUUAUUUUUGACGACUUGAUGAUUUUCAGAGGACUAGAUUACAUUGAUCUUUUCAAAGGUCUAGAAG